CUCCCGUGAACAAGCUGACUUGUUGGAAAUGCUCGAGGAUCUUAAAUCUCUGUGCGAGCACGCGUGCUGUAAAAUCAGUGGAAGGAAAAAGUGAAGCCGCAACAGGAACAUACUCCAAAUAUCAGACCGAGGGUUGGAUUAUUGAUUUUCACCAGUUUACUUCAUUGAAGGUUGUGUUGUGGCAGGUCACUCCCUGGCUGUAGGGCACGAGCUGCCAUGCCAUUUGGUUGUCUGACACUCGGGGAGAAGAAGGAUUACAACAGUCCCUCAGAGGUGGCCGACAAAUAUGACCUCGGGCAAAUUGUUAAAUCAGAGGAGUUUUGUGAGAUAUUCCGGGCGAAGGAUAGGAACACCUUGAAAAUGUACACCUGUAAAAAGUUUAACAAAAAGGAUGGAAGGAAAGUGAGGAAAGCUGCCAAGAAUGAGAUUAUGAUCUUAAAGAUGGUAAAACAUCAUAACAUCCUCCAGCUGGUUGACGCUUUUGAAACUAAGAAAGAGUACUUCAUUUUUCUGGAGCUGGCUACGGGCAGAGAGGUGUUCGACUGGAUCUUAGAUCAAGGAUACUACUCUGAGAGGGACACCAGCAAUGUCAUGAGGCAGGUGUUGGAGGCUGUAGCUUACCUGCACUCUCUGAAAAUCGUCCACAGAAAUCUUAAGCUGGAGAACUUGGUGUACUUUAACCGUUUGAAGCACUCCAAAAUUGUUAUCAGUGACUUCCAGUUGGCAAAACUGGAAAAUGGACUCAUUAAGGACCCAUGUGGGACUCCAGAAUAUCUUGCUCCUGAAGUGGUUGGGAGGCAGAGAUAUGGACGACCUGUGGACUGUUGGGCCAUCGGUGUCACCAUGUAUAUACUUUUGUCUGGAAACCCUCCUUUCUAUGAUGAUUCUGAUGAAGAUGAUGAUCGUGAUAAGAAUCUCUUCCUAAAGAUCUUGUCAGGGGACUAUGAGUUCGAUUCACCAUACUGGGAUGACAUUUCAGAUUCUGCCAAAAACCUAGUGGCGUCUUUGAUGGAAGUGGACCAGGAUCAGCGGCUGACUGCACAGGAAGCCAUUGCCCAUGAAUGGAUUUCUGGAAAUGCAGCCUCAGACAAGAACAUCAAGGAUGGCGUUUGUGCACAAAUAGAAAAGAACUUUGCCAAAGCAAAGUGGAAGAAAGCUGUCAGAGUGACCACCCUCAUGAAGAGACUCAGAGCGUCUGAGCAGGGGGAUAGUGGGGCCGCUGGGGCUGCAGCUGACCCCAACACACCCGGCGGCGCUCCUGCUCCUCCAGCUGGCAGCGGCGACGGCCUCGCUGCCAGCUUAAAGGCUGUUCUUAGUGAAAAGGCUCCUGACACACAGACUGCCGCCAUCUCUGCACCCUCCCAGCCCAGUGCAGCCAGGCAGGAGGAGCAGCCACAGGCACGGUGCAACGGCGAGGUUCCCCAAAUGUUGCCACAGAGAAAGGGAGACUAGGCGUCAGAUGAAUAUGAGAAGAGGACCCUUGCCAACCAACAAGCACAUGUGCAGUAGAGCCAAUACAUUUGGCAUGAUGAUACCAUGUCUAAGCUGUUCGACUAUCCCCCAGUUUGCAGAGUUAUUUCACGACGCCAUGCAUUUCAUCAUUUUUGCCUUCUGUAUUAAUCGGUCUAUUGAAUAGUGUUCUCCACUCUCCCGCGUUAUUUUGUGUAACAGUCCCUUUAAAGCUAGUUGCAAAGUAGCUCUUCUGUUGUUUCCUUUCCCCUGAAAACUGUAAAAACUCAUAGUGUAAUUUAGUGAAAUCAGCUCACCUUUACUCAUCAGCUCAUUGUAUAUAGGUGUAUUUGUCUGUUUCGACAAGUUGCUAGUUUUCAGCUUCAGAACUUAAACUCCUGAGUUUGUGUCUUGUGACUUAAAAUUAUGAGUUGAAAGAUUUGGUAAACUGAUCAUGUCAAGAUUUGAAAAUCCAUUAAUUUAUUAAAGUAGUUUUCUGCAUGCGUCUCUGAGUUAACGCUUCAGAAACCAUGCUUCUAACUGCAAUACAUUCACAGUUACAUAUAUUUUAUGACAUUUUAAAAGAUAUAAUAUAUAUUAAAUAGUUAUGACUGUCUUUUAAAUAUUCCUACAACUUCUUACGUAACAAUUGGAUAAAAAAAAAUCAAUUAGUGGACUCAGCUUAACACCCAAACCAGAUAUCUGCUGGUUUAUCUUCAGUACAACUUUUGUCAACUUACAAUUUUAAGGCAUCAAGAAAGCAUAUUUUUAAGUUGAAGUGCCUUAAUAUUUGUUGCAGUAAUGUACUGAAAUAUUUCAAAAGAAACAACUUGAUUAUAAUUACUUACCGAUUUCUUUGAAAUGUUUUAGCUGUUCCUUUGCCCUUCUGUUUGGUUUUUACGCUGCUGUAUUGAUACUUGUGUUCCGUCCUCUUUCACAAUUAAAAACACAGGAAACUAAACUUAGAGCGUUGUAUGUGAAGUGGUGUUUUAGCCGUUGUUGUUGUUGUGUUGUCACUUGUAAUAAGUAAAUUGCAGAGUUUCUAGCUGAGUCCAUAUACUGUACCACUAUGUAUUUUUGCAUUGUAUACAUGUGUAUUUUUUUAUUUUUGUGUGUAUUUAGCAACAUUUAGCUGAGCUAAUGGUUUGCUAUAAUGCUUGUGAAUCAAUAAAAUGAGCAAUACUGAUAUU